AUGAGUCGAACAGCACGACGUGGCUACACCCUGCUAAGAACGGUUCUAGUAAAUCACAUUACCAGCUCACUGACAAUGACCGAGGUGAAGAUACCCAAUCACAUAAUGCGACUGAAGAGUGCACUGUUGGGCUGUCGUUAUGCUCUGGACGGAGAGUCGCUGUAUUCGGUGAAAUGGUAUAAGGAUGGACACGAAAUCUAUCGCUAUGUGCCGCGGGAUAAGCCACCUGGACAGGCAUUUCCACUGCCCGGCGUCAACAUCGAUCUACGCAACUCCUCGGAUACGCAGGUAAUGCUGAAACGCGUAACACUCCAAAGCUCUGGACUCUAUCGCUGUGAGGUGUCGGGAGAGGCGCCCGCCUUCAACACCGUCUCCGAGUCAGAGACAAUGACCGUUGUGGUUACUCCCGCUCAUGGACCGAGGAUAACAGGUGGACAGCCGCGAUAUCAAAUCGGAGACACUGUGCGCGUCAACUGCACCUCGUCACCGUCCAAGCCCGCUUGUCACCUGAGUUGGCUGAUCAAUGGGGAGCCGGCACAGAAGCAGCAUCUCAAGCAGUACGACAAGGUUGUGGUGAAUCGAGAUGGUCUGGAGAUGUCACGCCUGGGAUUAGAGUUCCGUGUGCGAUCUUAUCACUUCAAGCAUGGCGACAUGAAACUCAAGUGCGUGGCCAAGAUUAGCUCUCUCUACUGGCAGAGCAACGAGGAGAGCGUGGAGAGCGAUCGUCAGCAGCGUGCACCUGCCUUGGAGUCGCGUGAAACGGUGGCCGCCAAAUCCAGCACUAUUGGUGCUGCUGCUUCCAGGAAACCCUCGCAUCUUAUCUCGCUGCUGCCAGCUUUGUUGCUCCUUCUUUGCGGCGCCGCUGGAUCCUCACGUUGGCCUCCUGAAGGCGCUGGCAGUUAACUGUCUUCAGUUGUAGUUUAAAUCAAACACCUUUCCAUGUAAUGCAUCAAAAUGUUGCACAAAGGGACUCUGUCAUAUCUCAAAAAUUAAAGUGUAAAAGCAAACAUAUCCUAUGCCAAAUUUCAUAGAAAAAUCAACAUACACUUACUGAGUACGUUGCGCUAAAAUUAAAUAUAUUAUAAAUUCAAUUGA